UACAUAAAAAAUUAUUACUUUAUAUAUAUUUAUACGUACGUAUAUGUACCACGAUAUCAAAAAUACUGAGUUAACUAAAACCGACUAUUGUCUUGCUUAUAUUAAUUUUUAUUUUUUCGUACAGCACAUGCAUACACGUGAGGUGAGCGGUUCGUACUUGCGUUGCGUGCUUGCGGCCCAGGAGAUGUGGAUACGGGGCAUAGAGAAUGCAUGAGGGGGUGCGUGGAAAACCUGCGCAUGAGCAAACAGUUGUCUUUUAUUCCAUGUGCCGAGCACGCGACUCGUUCGAACAUGAAAACAAGCGUGCUAUGCUGUUCAGUCAGUGCCGGGUUUCAGUGUUUACUUGUUAAUUAGUUGAUGAACAGCGUUUUAUAAUAUCGCGUCACACAAAUAACUGCAUAGUUGAUUGUUAUAAAAGGAUCUUUUAAAAACUGAUAUUGUGUUGAAUAACGCAAAAACUUAAUAAUUGUUAAGAUAGUGUAAACUGUCGUGAAAUAUAGUUUUCACAUAGAACUUGACAUUGCAUAUAGAAUAAUUCUUGAAAAAUUGAUUUAAAUAUAUUUGAUUGAAAUGGGUCUAUAUUGUCUUUUAACUGAUUUAAAUCAGUCAAAGUAUUGCAUUGUUCCAACCCAGAAUGUUUUUGAACUUAAUGAGAAUAAUAAUUUGACAAGGAUUCGAUCAGACACAUAUCAGGCCGACAAAAAAUAUUAUGUCAGAGGCGCUAGUUUACAAAUUGGCAUUGGAGGUUUUUACAUCAUUGAUUCACAUGAUGAUUACCAAGUUUUGAGAAAAAGGAACUCAGUGGAUUCGCGCAUAAUCAUAGGAAAAUUACCAGAUUAUAGUCCAUCAGCUAAGUCAAAAGUAUCAAAGAAGGCAGGUACCUCGAAAAUUUCUAAUAGUGAACAGGUCGUAAAAAAGCCAGACGUUCCUCGCAAAUCAACGAAAAAAUCUAAUACAGUUGUGACUGCAAGGAAGGAGAGUGAAUUUAAUUCGGCAGAUUAUUAUCUGGAAGAGGAGAUAGCAACAGGUUCUGGGAAUACUCGAGAAACAGGAGUAACAGAAGAAACAGAAGAAGGUACUUCUAAAGAUAAAAAUAGUGAAUCAAUAGAAAUAGCAGAAGAAACAGGGAUGGCAGCACCAGGAAAUCGUGACACUUCUGACAAUCUAAGGAACAAUGAUAAUAGCGACAGUGAACCAGAUGAUUUUGAUAAUAAUAAGGAAAAUCGUUCUAUUUCUACAAAAAGUCGUUCAGUUUCAAGAACGUUCCAAACACCUCGACCAAGGACGAAACAAUUUAUUCGGAGACCUUUUUGUCGUGUGCAACAACUAAAGAGAUUGCAAGAAAAAAAUAAAAAUAAAAAUGAUAAUUCACUACAGUCUCCUCGACAAAAGUGUCGAUCAAAUCCGAGAAUUCUGACUUUUACUGAAAUUAUAACGGUGGAAAAUAACAUUGAAUUUGUCCAAAUUGGGCCAGUAAAGUUUACUGCAAAUGAAUUAUCGACGAUUGUGCUAAAAAAAACAAUGCUGAAGCGUGCAAAAGCACUACUGAGCAAUAUAUGGACAUCGGAUGAGUUGAAAAAAAUGUACCAAAAAUGUCCAAAAAACGAUGCUAGUAGUGUACUAAUCAGCGAUCAACAUUGCUUACGGGUUAAAGAUAUGUGCUUGUAUCUCCAACAGAGGAAGGAAAUAAAGUAUUGGGAAAAUGGAGACGACAAUAUUGAUUUACAUCUUCCGCAAUGGAUUGGAACUUAUUGUAAUGAACAUCGUCGCAAGUUGAAAGAACAAUCGUGAAUUAUCCAUUUUAGAAUUUGUUGAACAAAUUUAGUUGGUUAAACAUGUUAGAGUCUUUUAAAAAUAGUUGAUUCACUAGUAUUAAUAUGUUUAUGAUAUUGUUUUUAUAAUCAAACGCAAUGAAGUUGCUCUUAUUUAUUA